UGUAAAGGCAAACAUGUGCUGUAGAUUGUGAAAUAUAUGUAAUUUUUCGUCGGUCAAACAACGACGGAAAGAGAGUAACGCAGCUACAAUACAAAAACAAAUCAUCCGGAAAAACGAUUCGAGCGCCUUGAACAUGUCUUCGCCCAGACAAGCGGGUAUGCCGCAAAAAGCCCCACCUUCCAUCGACGACCUGUAUAUGGAGCGCGAUUUUUACAUCGGACUUGCGUUAGCCCUUUCGAGUAGUAUUUUCAUCGGAUCGAGCUUUAUUAUAAAGAAAAUAGGCCUCUUGCGCCUUUCUCGCGUAGGUUCGGUGCGUGCUAGUGCCGGGGGAUAUGGCUACCUACGCGAUUGGAUUUGGUGGGCCGGCCUUAUCUGUAUGGGUGUCGGUGAAGCGGCAAACUUCGCCGCGUAUGCGUUUGCACCAGCUUCCCUUGUGACGCCGCUUGGAGCCCUAAGCGUGAUAGUGGCCGCAGUCUUAGCGUCCAAGUUCCUCAAGGAACGGUUAAACUUACUAGGGAAACUCGGCUGCUUCCUGUGCAUCGUUGGAUCGACGAUUAUCGUUAUACAUUCCCCGAAAGAAGGCGAAGUGGAGGAUCUAAACUUGCUGAUGGACAUGCUGCAGGAUACCACCUUCAUCACGUAUGUCGUGCUGAUACUCUCGCUGUCGCUGUUCAUCGGAUGCUGUUGCGGUCCGCGGUAUGGCCACAAGCACGUCGCCGUGUACAUUCUUCUGUGUUCUGCCAUUGGCAGCCUUACGGUGAUGUCCUGCAAGGCACUGGGACUCGCCCUGCGCGACACCCUGUCGGGCAAGUCGAAUGAUUUCGGCAUGUGGCUGCCGUACUUCCUUAUCAUUAUCACGGUCGUGUUCGUUGGCGUGCAGGUGAACUAUCUCAACAAGGCGCUAGACAUCUUUAACACGAGCAUUGUGACACCGAUCUACUACGUCAUCUUUACGACGCUGGUCAUUACCGCGUCGGCAAUCCUGUUCAAGGAGUGGCGACACAUGCGCGCCGAAGAUAUCAUCGGUGAUUUGUGCGGGUUUUUCGUCGUGAUCGUUGCCGUCAUACUACUGAACGCCUUCCGCGAGAUGGACAUCAGCCUGAGUGAUGUGAAGGGUAUCAUGCGCCCGAAACGAGAACUGCUUCAUUUGCACAAGAACGGCCAGUACGAGGACUAUUUGAAUGAAAAUGAGGAACGAGGACCACUGAAACCCCAGUACGGGACAAACUAUCUGAACGCGUGAAACAUUUCAGGAUAUUUCGUGUUGUGAAUAGGAUACAUUUUUUACGAGAGGCGAAGCUCGAAGCAAAUGUAAAGAGACCAAAAAUUAAGAACGCUUCACUAACUUAUAACGAAAAGGCUUCACGGUCUAUUUUAU